UUUUAUUCUUUGCUGUAUGAAUUGGCACUAGAAAAGUCAGCACCUAUCAUCUAUCGACGAAGCAGAUCCAUUGGAGAUGCGUAUUGCAGAUGCAGCUUACGCGGCUGAAGAUAUUAUCGAAUCCCAUAUUGUUGACAAGAUUCAUCUCACUAGAUCCAAAACAGCCAAAAUCGGAAGCUUCUUCAGUUGCUCUCGAGGUCCAAAGGAUCCAACCACGUUGUAUCAUGAUGUACAAAAUGUGAUAGAAGAAAUGGAUCGGAUCGAGAAAGUGGCGAUUGAGACCAACGCUGAGAAGGCAGUGGUGCUCCGUGAUCAACGGCUUAGAUUUGUCUCUUCUUCUACUAGGAAGAAGAGUAGUGUCAUGAUGGUGUUCUCUGAUCAUGUCUUACAUGGGAUCAUGGAAAAGCUCGUUGCACACGAACCCAGGCGCCAAGUCAUCCCCAUCACUGGAAUGGGCGGGAUUGGUAAGACAGCUCUUGCUCAAACUCUUUAUUCCAAACAAGUUAUGAAGGAGCAUUUCGAUAUAUGUGCUUGGGCCACUAUUUCUGAACAACACAACACAAGAGAGAUUCUAUGUGAACUUGUUUCUCAAGCCACUAAGAAAAACAAGAAACAAUUAAGUGAAAGGAGUGAAGAAGAAAUUGGAUUAGAGCUCUACCAAUAUUUGUGGGGUAAAAGGUUUCUAAUUGUAAUGGAUGAUAUGUGGUAUAUUGAGUCUUGGAAUGAAAUACAACAUUUUUUUCCUAACAACGACAACUGCAGUCGGAUAAUGGUCACGACUAGGCAAUCACAGUUGAGUUCCCAACUAAACAAUCAUUAUAGCCAUCAAAUGGAAUUUCUUGAUGAGGCUAGUAGUUGGUUCCUACUCUCCAAAAUUGUGUUUGGAGAGGAACGUGUACCUCUUGAUUUGGAGAGAGUUGGUAAGGAAAUUGCUUACAAUUGUAGAGGACUUCCUCUAUCAGUUGUUGUAGUUGGAGGCAUUUUGAAAAAUAUGGAAUAUACACAAGAAUGUUGGGAAUCAAUAAGAAACAACUUAACUUCAAUAGUAAAUUUGGACAAUGAUAAGUAUUGCUUGAGAUUGUUAAAAACGAGCUACGAUCAAUUGCCACUCUACUUAAAGCCUUGUUUCUUAUACAUGGGUGUGUUUGAGGAAGAUGAUGCUAUUAGCAUCUCAACACUCGUCAAGCUAUGGGUUUAUGAUGGAUUUCUUAAACCAACAGAUGGAAAAAGAUUGGAAACAAUUGGGAAAGAGUACUUAAAAGACUUAGUCAAUAGAAAUCUUGUGCUAGUUGAUGAGUUAGGGUCCACAGGAAAUAUAAAAGUUGUCAAAAUUCAUGAUUUGCUAAGAGACCUAUCUGUGAGCCAAGCUAAGAAAGAAGGGUUUUAUCAUGUGGUAGGAGAAUCUAGUCCUCAAGGCAUAUAUAGCCAACGUCGUGUUGUUAUACACAAAAACACUUCAAAGGAGAAAGUCAUUGAUGACUUGAAAUCUAUGUCACAUGCUCGUUCCAUUAUUUGCCAAUAUGGGAAAGUUCCACAGUUCCGGAAUCAUGCAUUGUUGAGGACAAUACAUGUAUACAAAUUAAGCCAUGUGAACUCACUAUUGUUCCAGUACGUUAACUUGCGGCACUUUGCUAUUGAAGUUUCUAGCAUGUCCUUAGUUUUUUCUUCUUUCACUCAGCUUUGGAAUUUGCAGUCAUUAAUUGUUUCUUGUCCGCAUAAGUCCAUUGCGCCUGCAAAGAUUUGGAAAAUGCCUCACCUGAGGCAUAUUGAGAUGGAUGAGAGGAGAUUGAUUCUCCCAGAUCCCCCGGGUGAUGCUGUCAUCUUGGAGAAUCUAGUGGUACUUAAGGGAGUACAUAAUUUCAAUUGCGAUGAAGAGAUCGUUAAGAGAAUUCCCAAUAUCAAGAAAUUGGGAAUACAAUAUUCAGGGAGCAAGGGAAUGAGGCAUGAUGAUUAUUAUAGUCUGAGCAAUAUUAAAUGUCUGGGUAAAUUAGAAUCCCUUGAUAUUUCAUGUGAGUAUGAUUUUAGAGGGAACGAUUGUUUAUAUGAGCUCACCUUUCCACAAACCCUCAAAAGUUUGACUCUUGAGAUGAAAGGUGACUUUGAAUGGAAAAAGAUGUUGGGAAAGAUAAGUUCAUUGCCCCUUCUUGAGAAGUUCGAUUUGUGGUCUGGAUGCUUUGGAACAGGCAAGUGGGAAAACUUCGAAGGCCAAUUCCCUAGCCUCAAAUACAUGGGCUUGUUUUCAUGUCAUAGCCUGAAUCAUUGGACUGCAGAAGCAAGCUCCAUCUUUCCACGUCUUGAGAAGCUCCGCAUUGUUAAUUUAGAUGGGUUGGAGAAUAUUCCGUUUGAAAUUGGAUACAUACCAACACUUCAAAAAAUAUGGAUGGUUGAUUGCGGCGAAUCGGUGUUGAAAUGUGCAAAAGAGAUUGUAGAGGAACAAAUGGAUUUGCAAGGCGACGAUCUUCCGUUUCAUGUUCAGGUUUGGCUUCCACUUAAUAAGAUCAAAGAAAUGCAGAUCUUGACAGGUCCCAACUUUGAAGUUGUAAUAAUCCCCAAUGAGGGUUAUGUUUUCUAAAAUUGAGUUUGAGAGCAUUGUGUUAUGCUGCAGUUUCUGCAAAUCAUGUAUAAACUAUUCCGAGAAAUUUGCAAUGGAAAUAGUUAAGCAGAGUAUAAAAUUACUUUA